AUGUUGUCACAUGACCCACACUUAGUCAACGACCGUGACUACGAUGGCUACUCGUUGUUGCAUCAUGCAGCAAGCAAUGGUCAAUUAGAGACUGUCAAACUCCUCGUCUCUGAAACCUUUCAGACGUGUUUGAAUGCUCGUUUAAUGUCCACGGACUGGACGCCAUUGGAUUUUGCAAUGGCCGCUGACCACCAAGAUGUGACGCAAUUUCUGAUGGAUAACGGAGCGCUGACGACAGCUUGGCUCCAGGACGCUGCGGCCGACAAAAUCAAAAAGUUUUUGAGACGUCUAGUUGUACGGAAACACGAGGCAACGGUGAAGCCGUUGAUCGAAAGACAUAAACAGUUAACAAAGGAGGAACAGUUAAAACAUUGUGAAAACGAGGAUAAAAACAGGAACGAUGAUCUCAUAUACGGCAAUAUGACACACGAAGAUGUCGCGCAUAACAUUGUUGAUGACGUCACACAUGAUUACGUCAUUCAUGAUGACGUCACACACGGUAUUAUUGUUUGUGACGUCAUCAAUAAGAGAGACUACACUGUUGAUGGUCAUGAAAAAGACGAUGACAUUGAGCAACAAUGUGCCGAAGAAACAAAGGAAAAUCAGAACAGACAAGCAGCGAGGUCGGAGGACGCCGUGCAUUUCAAGAGAUCAGAGGAUCAACCGCUUACGACAGAUCACGAUCAAUUGCGAACAUUGACGGAAAAUGAGAACAUAAUGCAUUCUGACCAAAAAUCGGAUAAGAAUCGGUCUACGACAGACGACGAUCAUUUAGAAACAUUUGCGAGCCUGUUUGGCGAAACUGAAAUACGUGAUAACGGUAAGCAUAUUUUGUUGCUAGAUGCUUGUUACCAUGGUGACAUAACAGGUGUUCAAAAGUUACUACAGGAGAAUCUUGACGUGAAUUACCGCGACCAGCGUGGUUGCACUGCUUUGCAUUUGGCAGCUGCCCAAGGGCAGGACGCGAUUUGUGAAUAUUUACUAGAAAACGGCGCGGAAACACGCGUGCGGAAUAUAAAUGGAAGAACUGCCCUACAUCAUGCAGCAAUAGCUGGCAACGUUAGCGCUGUGUCACUGUUGUUACGUCAUAACAAAGAUCUUAUAUCGUACUUAGAUUGUGACAACAGAAGCGCUUUACAUUACGCAGCUAGCUUGGGACAUCUCGAUGCAGUGAAGUUAUUAAUAGACAGUCGUGUCCAGGACGUCUGCGCGAAAUCAACACAACUCACCGCAUUAGAUUGCGCAAUUCUUGGACAGCAUGAUGACGUAAACGAAUAUAUGAUUAGCCAAGGCCUGCAACCUAGCGGGUUGUUGGAUCAGGCUGCGCGGGUUAUUCAGAUAAACUUUCGUAAGUCGUUAGAACGAAAAGGAAUUUCAGUGGAAUCUCGUGGAAAACCUAUCAAAGGUACGGAAAAGGGUUUGAUAAAUAAUGAAAAUAAGUCGAAAGACGGUGAAACUAGCGGCCCCACUGUAAUAAAUAAUGAAAACCCCUCAAAAACCUGCCAAGAAAACACAUACGUCUCUGUAAACAAAACACUUUCGGAUAUACAAACAAAAUAUAUUUAUACUACGCCAAAAACAGAUAAAAAAUCCAGACCCACGGAUUGUAAUCCGACCAAGAGAUUAUCUGAAAAUUUCUCAGAGGGGAUUAACUCAAAUUAUGAGACGGAUUAUGAUUAUUCAAGGACAGCUGUCAAUAACGUAAUCUAUUCCAAAUAUUCGCGAGAAUCCAGGAUUAAAACCUCUUCUAGUGCGCGAAGUAGGGGGACAACGUUUGCUGAAUCAAAUGUAGAAAAACUCUCGCGCGCGCCUGACUGCGUCAUCGUAGCGAGCGGUGAGAAAGAGCGAAUAUUUAAAUUGCGCGAUAAUUGGGAACGGAUUGCGCUACUUCGACGCAAAAAACAGGCAGCGCUUGUCAUACAGAAACAUUUUAGGAAGCAUAUGGUAAGAAAGAAAGCUGAUAAUCAAAAUGCCACUAAAGAAUUCAAAGCGGAGAUAAAAAUAAAAGACAAUACCAACACAGAAUGCGCUGUAAUAACAUUGACGCAAAACGGUACACGCAAUUUGGGAAUAGAUAAUGAGAAAAACGGAAAAAACUUGCCUUUUAAAACAGUAAUAAUCUCUAAUUCGCCAACAAAACUUAGCAGAAAUAGGACAACGGACAGUGAUAAGGCGAAAGAGAGUCAAACAAAUCAAGUUCGAUUAAGUCAGAAUAAAGUUGAGACAAGUUCUGGUGUUUACAGCAACGAACCUACGUCCCCGAAAAGGCUGACUCGGAAAACCGUCGUAAAUCGACUACGAACGACAUCGCCCGAAUAUAGCUCUUCGGAAAACGAACCUUUGCACGAGAAACGUCAAUACAAGAGCGCUUUCCCGCUUCUGUCUCCAACGUCUAGUGCCACGUCAUCUAACCGGUCGCCUAGCAACCAGGGUGUGAUUCAACUGCCUAACAACAGACGUCCGUCGCAUAGCAACAGACGUGUUGAGGCACCGAUAUCUCCGAAAUCUAGUUCAACGUCAUCGAACCAGUCGCCUAGCAACGCACCUGUAAACCAGCUGCCUAGCAACAGACGUGCUAAUUCGUCGCCUAGCAACAGACGUGUUGACGUAGCACCGAUAUUGAGUAAAAACGAGUUAGUUAAGCGAUGGCUUUCUGACGAGCUGAUUAGCGAAAAUGCAAGUAAUACAAAAACUACAAAUAAAACGAAAAAUAUAGAAGUUGAAGUAUCGAACUCGGAGCCACGGUUAAGAAAAACGGAUCCUUCAAAAGGUGCUCGGAGACUCUCGACACAUUCCGCCCGCAUUCGGAGAAACUCGCUGAUUAAGAAUGCGUACGGCUCGCCAGCAGCACUUUCGUAUAACUUUGCUUUAGAUACGUAUCAUCCGCUGGUAUCACGACGCGGGCGCAAGGAGACCGCGUUUCCAUUUCGAACUAGCAGCAGAGUGAGACCGAACAGCAUGAAGCGAGUGGAGGUGGGCUGGGUGCGCACAGCAGACAUUGCCCCGGGGUCUACCCCUAGUGAGUCUUGA